AUGGAACAACCAGUUCAGGACAAUGAGCGUGAUCGGCCUGGGCUUGGAGUCGUGCAUCAUAAGUGCCCAGGGACACCUGGAACCGGGCGGCCAGCUCUGUCCAACGAUUUGCUGAACAGGCUCGCCGGCUUGCUAAUCACUGCAGGUUCUCACUGCACAGUUGUUCGGAAACGCUCUGAUCCGUGCCCCGCCCUGGAGUGCGGAUUUGCCAUGUCCGACGGCGCAAUGCUCGCGAGUCUUCGUUGCUCUGUUCGUGGUACUCCGAAGACGUUAGGCUUUGUUCUCUCUCCUCCUUCUUGCAUGACUGGCUUAGUCAUGUUCGACUGUUUGAGAAGGACUUACUUGCAAGAACCCUUGAGCCUUGAGCUUUCCUUAUCAGAGGCAGAGCUCCAGCACCUCGGAGAGCAAUUCCUGGCGCAAGCGCAAACCUUGGCUGAGCAGGGCGAGGCAAGGCGAGGCCAGAGCUUCCAAAGGCCCACAGCCCACAACCUCGCCCUGGUCGUGCGCGAGCCCGCAGCCGAUCUGACAAACGGGUCCCGGGAAGAGCUGGUCCACAGGUUCGUCAGAGAAGCCAAGCAAUUGGAACCUCCCGGUGGAGUCCGGUUGCUGGUGGCCGAUGUAGCUCAGGUCCUCCGGGCCUGGCAGGCACGGCUGAAGCGCACUGAGCGUGCGGAUAGUGACACACCAGGCAGGGCUGCCGGAAGGGCUUCUGAAGCCUUGCAGGCUUUGCUUCAGAGUCAAGCGCUACAUAUUGCGCUGACCGCUUUGACGCGAUCCAGAGCCGGUCGGGCUGUACUGCGAGCAGCGGCAGAAGCAGAAGCUGAAGGGUCAGCGAGCAGGCCGAUGCUGGAGGGAGAGGCAGGCGUCUGCCUGAAGGAGAUCUUGGCAUGUGCCUGUGCUGUGCCGGCUCCAUUGGUCAAGCAGUUGCUUGUGUUGCUGUCCGAUGCAGCGGAUGAAAAGUCUCAGGCGAAGAAGCCUGGCACCGAAGCUGUCAUGGACUCUGCAACACAGGACUUGCAGUGGAUCCUGGCCCUGCUGUCGGCGUCUUUGCUUCAUUCCGAAGAGGUUGCUGCUGAUGACGCCGGCGAGCUGCGUCGUUCGCUAGAUGUCGUCGGGUCCGCCAGCGCUGCCUCCGCUGAGCUGCCUCCGCUCAACAGCGAGGCUCACGAGGGAGCCGAGACUUAG